AUGGAUGUUCUUCAGGAUCCCGAAUUCGAACAGCCUGAGACACUCGUCAAACAGGACGAUCCAGCGAAUGAGAUAACAGAAGGCCCCGUCUCAAGAAUUCUUACACGCGAUAUUCAGGACAACACUUACCAUCUCGUGUUAUCACUGCCCGUGGAAUUGCUCGUUGAGGUAUUUAUCUGGGUGAUAGAGACGCAUAACGGCUACCGAUUUCCACUGCCGGCACAACUCACCCUCGGACGGGUGUGCCGACUAUGGAGGAAUGUCAUUUGGAGAACACCUCGCCUAUGGACGCUCAUAUCUAUUGCCGCUUCGCACACGAGGUGUUCAGCUCAAGCCAAGCUGCUCAAGGGGUGGAUUGGAAGGGCACAAGGCAUGCCCCUUCGUGUGCAUCUCAAGACUCAUCUCCUUCCCCAAGAACCAUUGGAGCUGUACGACGUAUUUCUGGCCUCCUCCUCCCAGUGGGCGAGUUUCAGCCUUUCGGGAGGACCAUUCAAGCAAUUCUGCGACCGUUUACGAAUGUCCAAACCCAAGUUCGACCUUCUCGCCUCCCUUGUACUCUGCCCCUAUCGCCAGUUUCUGUCGUCCUCCGCUUCUAUUCAAUGGCAUUUUGCGGAUGCACCCCAACUGCGAACGCUUCGUUCCUAUGAAAAUCGUGCUAUCGGAUUGGCACGUUUGCCCCUUCAUCAAAUCCAUGACUUGGAGGCCAAUUUCGACACAGUAGAGUGGUUGAGCCUCCUGGGUCGGUUACGAUCCCUUCGGAAGUGCCGCCUCAUCCUCAACUUGUCUUUUGCUCAACCCCUACCCCACGAAAUUGUGCUCCCAAAGCUCACCGAACUGUGUAUAUGUGUAGAGCAUACCAGUACCUUGGCGCCCUCGUGCAUCGGAUCAAUCCUCAGCACCAUCACCGUACCGCGCCUUCAAAGCCUCCAUGUCUUGCGGUGGUACCAGCGGUUCCCGUUCUCUGAUCUCGUCAACAUGAUUGAACGUUCUGGAAACCCGCUAACCAGGGUCUCCAUAGAUGUGCUCGAGUUAAGAGAAACGGACCUCUUCGACCUCCUGCAAAAUUCGCCAUGUCUUACAGAGCUCAGUGCGCGCCGCGGGCUGUCUCUCUCCGACAGGAUCAUCAACCUCCUUAACCCACAGCUGCCUAAAGCCUCCUCGAUUACACAAUGUCUCCAAGACUUGAAGGUGUUCAAGUAUGAGGGCCGGAUCGAUUUCACACCGCCGUCUGUUAUUUCGAUGCUGAAAGCCAGGCUGCAGUAUUCGCAGCUACCGACCCCUUCCUCGACAAAGCUCAACCUUCUCCAAAUCCGAUACACCAACACUUCGUGGACAGACGAACAUGCGUCGGACGAUGUCGAAGGUCUCUUGCUGGAAGCAGCAUCUCUAAAGCAAUUUGGGACUGAGGUUGUUAUCAAGUCAAGAAAAAACUUCAGUAACAGGAAUCUGUAUUGA